UCUCAAAAACAUGGCGGGUGCCGAAGAAGAUUUGAGCGAUGAGAUGGAAACUAUAAUGGAAACAAACGACAGCAUCAACGAAGAAGAUGCAAUGUCUGACGACAGCUCUUGCUCGGAAGACGACAAGGACGCCGAUGCCGAAGAAGAGAAACAAAUCGAGGAGUUACAAGCAAAGAUCACGGCCAAUCCGUACCAGUACGACAGCCACACAGCUCUGAUCGCCUACUUGCGUAACACGGGAAACCUCGAGAGGCUGCGGGAUGCGAGGGAAGCAAUGGCCAAGAUCUUCCCUCUUACGCCUGAGUUGUGGCUGGAGUGGAUCAAAGACGAGAGUACGCUGUGCGAGAGUGACGAGGAGAAAGAGAAAGUGAUGCCACUCUUCGAGAGAGCCGUUCAAGACUACCUGUCGGUGGCCCUGUGGUUGGAGUAUGCCCAGUUCUCCAUCGGCCUGAUGAAUGCCGAACAAGGGCUCGAACGGGUGCGGCAGGUGUUUGAGCGUGCGGUCACCGCUGCCGGCCUUCACGUCUCCCAGGGCUCCCUCCUGUGGGAGGCCUACCGCGAGUUUGAGAUCUGCCUCCUGUCCACCGUCCAGGUAGGUGCGAGUGAAGAGAGCACGCAGGAGCAGCGGGAGCAGUACGUUGCUCAGAGGAACCGUGUCUACAGCCUCUUCAAGAGGCAGCUCUCGGUCCCACUUUUUGGUAUGGAAAAGACGUACAGGGAGCUCAAGGAGUGGAGUGAGGCAGCCAUCGAGCCAGCUGUGGAGCAGCUGUACAAGAAGGCCAAGCUGAAGCUAGAAAAAAUUCAGGAAUACGAAACGGCUCUGUUGUCCGAAGACGACAAAGGUGUACCCGACCUGUCACUGUACCUGCCAUACCUGGAGUGGGAGCAGGUGCAAGGUGACCCCGCCCGCAUCCAGUGCCUCUACGAGCGUGCUCUGGCACAACACUGCCUGGUGGCCGACCUCUGGGAACGGUACAUGACGUAUCUGGACAACCAGCUGAAGGUGGAAUCUGUGUCCCUGCCCUGCCACGAAAGGUCUGUGCGCAACUGUCCAUGGUCUGCCAACCUCUGGGCCUCCUACCUCAAGGCCCUCGAGCGCUCACAUGCUGAACACGGCAAAGUGAAAGAGGCCAUGGAACAAGCACUUCAAGCUGGAUUCAGCCAAGGCCAAGACUAUCAGCGCCUGUGGCUAGCCUUUCUCGACUACCUAAGAAGACGCAUCGAAGCACACUCAGCGCAAGGUGACGAACUGCUGGCUCCUUACUUGGAGGACCUGCGAGCAGCUUUCCAAAAAGCAGUUGAACACCUUUUGCAGUAUGCGUCAACAGAGAGUGAUGUAUGUGGUCCUGUGCUCAAGUAUUGGGCAAAAGUGGAGGCCAAGGUUUGCCACAACCUGCCGCGAGCACGUGAGCUCUGGAACGACAUCACCAACCAGGGACGUGCCACUGAUGCCCAGACAUGGCUCGAUUAUGCAAAUUUUGAAAGGACUUUUGGGGACGACAAGCACUACCGGAAGGUUCUGUUCAGAGGCAUGUAUGCGGCUGUCGACUGGCCCGAGACCCUCGGGGACCUACUGCUGCUCUUCGAGCGUGAGGAAGGGACCUUGGAAACCUUGGACACGGCGACAGAAAAGUACGAAGCCCACAUGCGGAGAGUGCUCGACAAGAGAGAAAAGGCAGCAGCACGGGAGGCAGCCCGUGAAGCUGAGCAAGAGGCCCAGAAGAAGAUGCAUCGAGCCGAGAAGAAGGCGGAGAAAAAGGCCGAACGCCAAGCUGAGAAGCGGCGAGAAGCGGAGGCCAAGGUUUUCCAGAGAGAGACACCUGGCCAAGCCAAGCGGAAAGCGCAGCCACCAGAGCCACCCCCUGACACUCAGGAGCAGGAAACGGAUAAAGAUGGCUUCAAAGUGCCGUCAGUACCUGCUGCUAAAGCAACGACUGGGGAGGAACCACCUUCUAAGAAACAAAAAACCGAGGGAGAGGAAUCGGGCGAGGAGAAGAAGGAGCGGCCCAAGCAUGGCGAGGUUGUCAAGCCAGACCCCCUCAAGGAGAUUCGCACGGUUUUCCUCAGCAACUUGGCAUACGACACGGAGGAAUCGCAUAUCGAGGAGGCCUUCAAAGAGGUUGGCGAAAUUGAAGAACUGCGGCUCGUUCGUGACUACAAGGGCAGAUCAAAGGGAUUUGGCUACUUGGUCUUCACCCACAUGCAAAGUGUGGAGGCAGCUCUGAAAAUGGACCGAACUCCAGUCAACGGUCGGCCUGUCUUUGUGUCUAAGUGCAACGAACGAAACCAGUUUAAGUUUCGAACGGGAAUGGAGAAGAACAAGCUUUUCGUCAAGGGCAUACCUUUCUCGGUAACAGAGAAGGAAUUAGAGGAGCUCUUUGGAAAGUAUGGUGAACUGAAAGGCGUUCGGCUAGUCACAUACCGCAACGGUCACUCAAAAGGAAUAGCUUAUGUGGAGUAUGCCAAUGAGACAUCCGCCACGGUGGCACUAGUGCAGACCGACGGCAUGACCAUGGGCAAUCAGACACUCCAGGUAGCCAUCAGCAACCCCCCUGCACGUGGAUAUCGGCAGCAGGGCAAGGAGGAUGCGGCCGAGGACGGACAGCAGAGGACCCAGUAUCCCCUCGCAUCCCAGGUCGCAUCGUUGGGUGGCGGACCGAAGGAGACCGGCCUGAGAGGUCGCGGACGCACUCAGGUGUCGCUGAUGCCCAGGGCACUGCAGCAGCGCUCGUCUACCGCGGUUACGAAGAAACCGGAACCGAAGCAGGAGCCGCAAGAGCAGCCAAUGGAAGUGUCAGGCUUGUCAUCCGAAGGCAGCAAAGGCCUCAGCAACGAAGACUUCCGGAGCAUGCUGCUUAAGAAGUGAUCUUGCGUCACACCUAGAUGAAAUUCAACUCUUUUGUCCCUGUUCUGUGUACAUCUUUCAUCUGUAACUCCAUCAGCUGUCCAUUGCCGCGCGCUAUACACUGUUUGUGGAGUUUUGUUCAUAUACUAUAAGUCAUGCAAUAAAGGCUUCGAUUCUGGUCUUA